GGAAUACACACUUUACACUAGCCAUGUCUCUAAAAAUUUUAGUUGGAACUUAUAACGUAAAUAAACAAGAAAUAGAUCGAGAUCUUUCAUCCUGGUUAUUUCCAACCAAUUCUUCGAUAACCGAUAAACCGGAUAUAAUAGUAGUAGGCUUUCAAGAAUUUAGUCCUUUCCCUAGCGCAUUUUUCAGUAAUAGUUCAUAUUUAAGCAAUGCAUCACUUUCUAGCAACAUAGCACAAUUAGGUAACACAUAUUUUCUCCCUGGUGGCUUAAAUAAACACAAUGGUAAUGAAGAGCGACUUGAACAUUGUUCUAACUUGAUAGAAAGAGUAAUUUUUGCAAAUACAAAAGAAAGUUAUACAACAUUGGUGAAAAGUAGUCUUGUCGGAUUAGCAUUGUUCGUUUAUGUUAGAGACAAAAGCGUUACUAAAUGGAUUUUAAAUGUCGAAAUAGCUAAAUGUG